AUGACUUGCUGUGUUCCUUCAUGUAAAACAAAAAAUAAAAGUACCUUCUCAGUUCCUAAAGAUAAAACUUUGUUGUAUCUGUGGGAACAAUCGAUUGGCUUUCAAUUAAAGCCAAUUUCAAGAAUUUGCGAAUUACAUUUUGAGACGGAUGAUAUUAUAAAAACAUGGGAAUCUGGUCAAGGUAUAAGUAAAUAUAUUAUAUGUCGAAAAAGAUCAAAACUUCGUCCAGGAGCAAUUCCAAAAAAUUUUAAUUUCACUGAAAGUGUCGAUAGUACAAGUUUGGACUUACAAAAUUGUAACAUCGAUGAACUAAGUGGUCCAUCACCAAAAAAAAUGAAGAUUUCUGAAGAUGCUUAUAGUGUAGCACAAGAUCAUUGCUAUACUGCAAAAUCUCCAACUAAUACGGCCCCAACAGAAAUUAAUAAGCUUGGUGAAUUUAAAGAAGAUUUAUUUAGAUCAUUGGAGAAACAACUGGUGCUAACUGAAGAUUUAAAUAUAUUUAUACAAGUAAAUGGUAAAGAAGUUGCAAAAACUAAAUUAGGGCUUUCACAAAAUUAUAUACCUGAAUGUAUGGAUGAUAUAGAAAAUGUAUUGAAAUUAUUAGACAGUGCUAUACUAUGUCAGGGUGUGGAAUCAAUAAAAACAUAUGAUGACAUACAAUCAACAUUGGGUCCUAAAUGUGAGAAAUUGUUUGAUCAGUGGCACCACUCAAGCUGUACACAAAUACUAACUAAUGGACAAUUCUCUAGAUCUAGUAAUAUAUGUUUGUGGUGCAGACGUUUGUUGUAUAUUAUUAAGAACAAAGAAUCUCGAAAGUCUAAAAGACCAUAUUUUUCUCCAAAUAAAAAGAAAACAAUCAAGCAGCUAAAAAAAGUUAAAUAUGUAAUUAAACAGAAAUAUUCAAGAGCGUCUUUAAAAAUUGCUCGUUUACAACGAGAUUUGAUUGAAAUUCAAAACAAGAUGAAAGACAUUUCAGAUUCCAGUCUUAAUAAUAUGCUAAAUGCUUCUAAUAUACCUGAGUGCCAGACAAAACUAGUCCAAGAAAUAUUUAAUGCUGCAAAAAUGAAAAAUCCUAAGAAUCGGAAAUACAGUGAAAACUGGAUGUUACUAUGUCUGUUAUUUCAAAUUAGAUCACCUAGUGGUUAUAAAUUCUUAAGAGAACAGAAUAUAUUACGCUUGCCAUGUGUCAACUCAAUAAGGAAACAUUUACUAGCUGUGAAAAUAGGAUGUGGUUUUGAUCCAAAUUUGUUCAAAUUAUUACAAAAAAAAUUUUCAGCUAAAACUGAGAAUCAAAAAAUAGGAAUUCUGCUGUUGGAUGAAAUGUUUUUAAGGGAAAGUCUUGGCGUUAAUAGUCGAACCCUUACCUAUUCUGGACUUGAGGAUUACGGAGAUGAAAUAAAAUCAAACAAAAAUUCAAAUCUAAAAGCCAAUCACGGAUUGGUUUUUAUGUGGCAGAGCUUAGCCGAUAAUGUAGUACAACCAAUAGCAGUUUUUGCAUCUCAUGGGCCUGUAAAAGUUAAAUGUUAA